UCCUGCUCUAGUCUCGUUCAGAGUCAGCUCAGUCCCAUCAGUCGACAGCCAGGCAGCGGGAGCCAGAGGAGGGAUGGCGGAGAAGAGCCCUGACCCGAGCGGCUCGAAUGGUCGGAGGUGUCCCGCACUUUUUCCCGGGGAGAGACUGCAGCCGCCCGGAAGCGGCUCGUCCAAAUGGGUUCGCCUGAACGUCGGCGGCACGUACUUUCUCACGACGAGACAAACGCUGUGCAGAGACCCGAAGUCUUUCCUGUACCGCCUGUGCCAGGCCGACCCCGACCUCGACUCUGACAAGGAUGACACGGGUGCUUAUUUGAUAGACCGUGAUCCCACUUAUUUUGGUCCGGUGCUCAACUAUCUGAGACAUGGGAAGCUGGUGCUGAACAGAGGCCUUGCAGAGGAAGGUGUGCUGGAAGAGGCUGAAUUCUACAAUAUCACUUCAUUGAUUAAACUGAUUAAAGACAAAAUCAGGGAGCGGGAUUGUAAAACGGCUCAGUUCUGA